CAACAACAACAACAACAUCAGCGUCAACAAUAUCGACAACUUCAACAACAACAGAUUCAUCAAUGAUAAUUAUAACAAAUGAAGUGAAUGGAGCUGCCGUUAUAAUUGCCUAUUCAUUAAUUGUGAUCAUUUCAUUGAUUGGUAAUUCAUUAGUAGUGAAAAUUGCAUUUAGUGGCCGCUGGAUACCUGGCCGUUCACAACGUGCACGUACAACAACCGAUGUUUUGAUUGGUUCAUUAUCAUUCAGUGAUCUUGUGAUGACAAUAUUUAACAUACCAUUUAAUUUGGCACGUAUUCUAUUACCAUAUUGGCCAUUUGGUCGUGCCUUAUGUUAUGGUGUUCCAUUUGUUCAAACAGCCUGUGUUUAUGUAUCAACAUUCACUAUGGCUGCCAUUGCAUUACAUCGUUGGCGUAUGGUUAGCCAUCCAACAACCGUUAUGUUACAUAAACCACAACGUUCAAUAGCAUCAAAUCCAUUACGUUCAUUUAAUUCAUUAAGACGUACAAUAUCCAUUGUAUGGUUAAUAUCAUUUUGUUUAGCAGCGCCAACCGUUGCAUUUAAUACAUUAAAAAUGGCCAAUGUUAAUGGCCAUUUUGUUAUACGUUGCCGUGUGGAUUAUCCAUUCAUUUUUGGCAUUAAUACAUCAUUAUUAUUAACAAUUGAAAUAUUUCUAACACAAUAUUUAAUACCAUUAUUAAUAACCGGCAUUUUAUAUAUGAAAAUUGCAUCCGUUAUACAUAGACAGAGUCGUUUUAAUAAAAUAACCGGCAGUAUAAUGACUGCUGGUGGUGAUUUCAAUAUAAAAUCAUUAUCAACACAGAUUGGUUUGCCUACAACAGCAACAACGAUAAUUAAUCCAAAUCAUCAUAAUCAUCAACAACAACAACAACAACAACAAUCACAGAAUUCAGCAAUAACUGAAAUGAUAAGUACACAAUCAAUGAUAAUGAUUGAUUCACCACCACCACCACCACCACCACCACAACCAUCACAACAACAACAACAACAACAACAAUCAUCGUCAUUAUCACAAUCAUCAUCAAUAAUGAUGAAUAAUCCAGUUUUUUCUCAACAACAACAACAACAACAACAACAACAACAACAACAACAACAACAACAACCACAACAAUCAUCAAUAACAUCACGUGGUUGUAAACGUCGUAGACAAUUAGAAGUAAAACGACGAAGAAUAUUAAUGUUAUCAUUGGUUGUGGCUGUAUUCGCCAUUUGUUGGCUACCAUUGAAUCUUUAUCAUUUAACUAUUGAUCUUGGUUUUGCUCAUCAUCGAUUGACUGUUUUUUUAGUGUGUCAUUGGUUUGCAAUGAGCUCUGUAUGCUACAAUUCAUUCAUUUAUUGUUGGCUAAAUGAAAGUUUUCGUCAGAAUGCUAUCGAAUUAUUACGAUCAUUAUCAUUAUUUGGCUGUAUGAAAUUUCAUCAUCAUCAUCAUCAUCGUUGUUUUAAUAAUUUACCAUUGCCAGGAAAUAUGAUGACAACAGAUAAUGAUAAUACAAAAAUAUUAGCCAAUGGUGGUACAACAACAGCGGCCAUUAUAACCAAUGUAAACAUCGAUCAUGAUAAUGAUGAACAAGAUAUGGAAAAAGCUAUUUCGACACAACCACAACCACCACCGUCAUCGUCAAAAAAAACAAAACGUAAAAAAUAUCGUCGCCGUUAUUUUGAAAGUGUCGAAGAAGAAGAUAUUGUUGAUUUUGGCUUUUCGGAUUGUUUCAAUGUUUCUGAAAAUUCAAUUGUAUAUAGGAUGAAUAAUUCAUUACAUCAAAAUCAUUGA